UCUCUGGCAUUUACCACAGGCAGCAGAAGACGACUGGACUUGCUCGAGAGGCGAGGGGGCUUGCAGCCUUGGCGUUUUUGAGCACACCAGGUGGCCAGGUGAAGUUGUGCAGACAUGCUGCUGCUUCCCGGAUUCUUCGCCUCUCUCGUCCUGGCUGUCGCCGUGCAGGCGACUGCGCCUGUAAGCAUGGUGGAGCACGCUGAAUUCCUGAAAGCGGGGAAGGAGCCAGGCCUUCAGAUCUGGAGGAUUGAGAAGUUUGACUUGGUGCCAGUGCCAAGAAACCUCUACGGGGAUUUCUUCACCGGAGACGCCUACGUCAUCCUCAACACCAUCCGGCAGCGCAGCGGGAAUCUGCAGUACGACCUUCAUUUCUGGCUGGGAGACCAGUGCAGCCAGGAUGAGAGCGGAUCGGCAGCCAUUUUCACCGUGCAACUGGACGAUUACCUUGGCGGGAAGGCAGUUCAGCACCGAGAAGUGCAAGGACACGAAUCUUCCACUUUCCUGGGCUACUUCAAGUCGGGCAUCAAGUACAAAGCUGGUGGUGUGGCUUCCGGCUUCCGGCACGUGGUUCCCAACGAAGUGACCGUUCAGAGACUCCUCCAGCUCAAAGGCAGGCGGACGGUCCGAGCAACCGAGGUUCCUGUCAGCUGGGACAGCUUCAACACCGGAGAUUGCUUCAUCUUGGAUCUGGGCAGUAAUAUCCACCAGUGGUGUGGCUCCGAGAGCAACCGGUUUGAAAAGCUGAAGGCCACCCAAGUCGCCAAAGGGAUCCGGGAUAACGAGCGAAGCGGACGCGCCAGGGUCUACGUUGUUGACGAUGGUGCAGAGCGGGAAGAGAUGAUUCAGGUCCUGGGACCCAAACCCAGCCUGCCAGCAGGCACGAGUGAUGCUGACGCCCAAGCUGACUCGAGCAACAGAAGGCUCGCUAAACUGUACAAGGUAUCCAACGGUGCAGGAAACAUGGCCGUUUCUCUGGUGGCGGAUGAGAACCCCUUCUCUCAGGCAGCUCUAAGCUCAGACGAUUGCUUUAUCCUCGACCAUGGCACCGACGGCAAAAUCUUCGUCUGGAAAGGUAGGAACGCCAAUGCUGAGGAAAGGAAGGCAGCCUUGAAAACCGCCUCAGAAUUCAUCACCAAGAUGAACUAUCCUCGGCACACACAGGUCCAAGUCCUUCCAGAGAGCGGUGAGACUCCGCUAUUCAAGCAGUUCUUCAAGAAUUGGCGGGACAGAGACCAGACGGAAGGCUUGGGCGUGGCCUAUGUUUCUGGACACGUGGCCAAGAUUGAGAAGGUUCCUUUCGACGCAGCCACGCUACAUACCUCCCCGACAAUGGCGGCUCAGCACGGCAUGGAAGACGAUGGCACCGGGAACAAACAGAUCUGGAGAAUAGAAGGCUCUGCUAAAGUACCCGUGAAUCCUUCACAUUAUGGACAGUUCUAUGGUGGAGACAGCUACAUCAUCUUGUACGACUACAGACACGGUGGCAAGCAGGGGAAAAUCAUCUAUACCUGGCAGGGUGCUGAUUCUUCCCAGGAUGAGAUUACAGCUUCUGCUAUCCUUAGUGCCCAGCUGGAUGAGGAGCUGGGCGGCACACCUGUGCAGAAACGGGUAGUCCAGGGCAAAGAACCCCCUCACCUCAUCAGCAUGUUUGGCGGGAAGCCUCUGAUCGUGUACAAGGGUGGCACCUCCAGGGAAGGAGGUCAGACCAGCCCUGCAGCAACACGGCUCUUCCAGGUCCGGUCAAGCACUUCCGGGGCGACCAGAGCUGUAGAGCUGGACCCAGCGGCCAAAGAACUCAACUCCAACGACGCCUUUGUGUUGAAGACCCCCUCCGCCUCCUACCUCUGGGUCGGCCAAGGGGCCAGCGAUCCCGAGAAGACUGGGGCCCAGGAGCUGGUGAAGAUUCUGGGCGUGCGGGCUACCCAGGUUGCUGAAGGCCGAGAACCAGCCGGUUUCUGGGACGCGCUUGGUGGGAGAGCAGUGUAUCGCACCUCCCCGCGGCUGAAGGAUAAGAAGAUGGACGCUCACCCCCCUCGACUUUUUGCCUGCUCCAACAAGAGCGGACGCUUCGUUAUUGAGGAGGUCCCUGGAGAGCUGACACAGGAUGACUUGGCCACAGAUGAUGUGAUGCUCUUGGACACCUGGGACCAGGUCUUUGUGUGGGUUGGAAGAGAUGCUCAGGAAGAAGAGAAGACAGAAGCUGAGACAUCUGCAAGGAGAUACAUCGAGACCGACCCGGCCAGCCGCGACCGGAGGACCCCCAUCACGCUCAUUAGGCAGGGGUUCGAGCCCCCCACUUUCACUGGCUGGUUCCUCGGCUGGCAAGACGAUUACUGGAACGAGGACCCUCUGGAGCGGGCCAUGGCAGAGCUGGCGGCAUAAAGGCGGGAGACGCAUCUCUCUCGGUUUUCAGAGGUUUCUUGCCUUCACUGCCCGCAAAGAGCGACUUCCUCCUCCUUCCAAGGGACGUGGACCUGUGGCUUCUGCACCUCUCGCCGCCUUAAAAAAGAUUUUUUUAAAAACCAAUAGCCAAGUAGCUGUGCAAUAGCCGAGAGCUGCCCACGAACUGUAUCGGGUUUUCUGCUGCUUUUAAGAAUGGCCUUUUAAUAAAGCUCACGUAGAACGUGUAAA